AAAAACAAAAAUCAACAAAAAUAAUCAAUUAUAUGCUACAAUGAAAGUUGAAAGUUUUGUAGGUUCAAAACCGAACUUAAUAUUAAAAUUUCGCCAGUAUAACAUCUAAUAUCUAAUUAUCUAGUCAUGUUAUUCGUCACACGAGAAUUUCAAAUGAUCUUCUGCGUAUUUCUAGUUGUAUCGAUGUACUAUCUCAACUCCUACUUCGUAUUCCGUGCUCCGGCUAUAUUCAGUUUCGAUGGAUUAAAAUGCCCUUUUUGCUUCGGUGAUACGUUCUGCAGCCGAGUAGACCGAGUAGACGUAAGAUUAACAUUAAUCGAUUACAUUUUAGACAAAUUGGACCGAAAAACUGUAUUCUACGGUAAAUUCAAAGACCAUCCUAUCGUCAUCAAGAAGUUAGCUACUACAGAAGAACGAUUCCACUUGGAAGACAAAAUAUCUUAUUUAUUUGACCAUCAGUUCAAUUACUACGAUUAUAAAUUCGAAGAAGAAGCUCGUAGAUUUUAUUACGAGAGUUUACUGCUGUUGAAUUCAUCGUUCCACGACCCUUCUUAUAAGUUGAAAUGGUGUCCGACGUUGACCGGUGUGACUCAGUUUUUCGAUCCGAUAAUUCAAGAGAAUUUCUACGAUACGAUUGCUUUGAAUAUAUGGACUUCUUUGGUAUUAAAUCCGGAGCCGUUAAUGUUACAAGUUUUUAAAGCUGAAGAUGGAUGGCCUGUUCCAAAAUAUUUUGGAAGCUGUGGCCAAGCCGCAUUUGUAGCCUAUUGUGGCGAAUCUCUAAAUAAUUAUUUUCAUCAUUCGUGGCUGCUCAGAGUACACAUUGCCGAAGAGUUGUUACAAAUCGCCCAAACAUUUACAUUCAAGAAUCCUAAAAUUGGGGUCUAUCUGAGAGAUCUUUCCUAUGACAAUGUAGUUAUGGAUCCUCAUCUCAAAGUUCGAGUUGUUGACUUGGAGCAUGUGAUUUUAGUUGAUAAAAAUGAAGCACCUGGAAUGCCGUCAACUUGGUAUUCGAUCCAUAGAAGUGAACAUUUCGAAUGUCAAAAUUGUAUAACUUAUUCACCGAUUAUCAUUUGCAGUCAUCAUUUAAGUGACCAUAAUUUUUACGCAGUUUGUAAAGAGUUCUUUCACUCGGAAUCGCCAAAUGAUUACGGUUUAUUGCAUUCGCUGCCCAAUAAUACGCUCUAUGAUGAUAAGAUUCAAUUGAUAAAACACUACGCAGAGUUAUGCGUUCAGCCUACGAAUAACGAAUCUCGUUUCGAAAUUGCCGGUAAAUUGAAAAAACUGCUGUCUGAAGUCAAAAAUGAAGAAAAUUUUGACAAAAAAAGACCAACAUUGUUGUACGAGUACGACUAACCUAGUUAUUUUUCAACAAUUUAGCUAUUGUUUGUUGAAUUCAUCUUAGUAGUUGAAGAUUUUUAUAAGAAUUUGAGGUGUUGGAUUUGAGAGAUAAUAUUCAUGUUAAUUCGAGGUUUUUCUAUACUUUCUUCUAAAUAUUUUUAUGAGAUACCUGCCUACUGAAAUUUUGAACAAAUUGAAUAGAUAUCAUAAUUAAAGAUCACAGACCUCAAAAAAAAAAAAAAAAAAAUGGAAAUGAAAUUAUCCUACAGUCGUGUUUUCUAGAUCUUGAAGAUUUUUCUUUUCACCUUUAAUCAGAUUUCAGCUGGUAAAAACUGAUUUUAUUUACAUUCUUUAUUCUUUACUUAUCGAUAUAAUUGAUACCAAAGAGUAAGAUUAUCCGGUGUGAUUUUAUAAUUUUAUUAUUAUGAUAAACGAUACUUGACGUCGGUUUCGUAGAUUUCAUCGCAAUGUAAUUUUUAAAUUCAAAAUCAAAAUAUCAUGUUCCUAAUGCGAUGUAUAUUCGAGUCCGUUUUUUGCUUUUUCUUUUAAUUUAAAAAAAAAAUGUAAACUUAUCUGUGUUAUUUUGCUAAAAAUUAAUUUUAUUUUAAUUCGCCGUUGUGUGAAUGUGUAUGUUUUUAUGUUUUUAUAUUUUUAUAUUUUAAAAUGUUUCUAUGUAAUUAAUUGUGCCAUUUUAUCUUUAAUUUUACAUAGCUUGAAGCUAACAAUGAUUCUGUCCAAGGUUUACCUUACGACAGGUUGUUAAAUAAAAACAACGUAUUGCUAUUAUUCAAUUAGCUGAGCGACAAUGUAUCAUUUUUUAAUUAGAUUAGAAACCUUAUAAAUCUAGUCUUAUUCAUAGUGCAAUAUCAAGGCAACCUGAUGGUGAUUUUCAAUAAAAAAUUUUGUGCAAA